UUCCAGUCACAUGAGAUGACUGGAAGGAAGUUGCUUUUUACACUCAGUCAGCAGGUCUGCAAUCUUACGAGCAGCAGUCUUCCUCGGAGAGGCUAUUCUAUCAGGUCCUCCACCAUGAAGAUCUCUGUGUUUCUGGGCAGUUUCGUGGUCUUGGUUGUGACCACAGGCCCCGCACUCGCCUUCGAUGAGGCUCUGACCCAAGCUUGGGAGCAAUGGAAGGCAUUUCACCAGAGAGAGUAUACAGAGAUUGAAGAGAGCUCUCGGAGACUGGUGUGGGAGAAAAAUCUCCACUUAAUUGAACGUCACAACCUGGAGUACUCAAUGGGCCAACAAUCCUUCCGUCUCAGGAUGAACAUGUUUGGGGACAUGACCGUGGAGGAGUUCAACUGGCAGAUGAAUGGAUUUGGUCGCUCGCCAGCCCGGACCUCGUCCAAGACAUUCUUAAAGGUUUUGGAUCCUGUCCAACUUCCUCGGAAGAUUGACUGGCGCAAGGAAGGUUAUGUCACCCCAAUAAAGAACCAAGGUGCUUGUGGCUCGUGCUGGGCGUUCAGCUCCACCGGUGCUUUGGAAGGACAGACCUUCAAGAAGACGGGAAAACUGGUCUCGCUGAGCGAGCAGAACCUGGUCGAUUGCUCCAAAGCAGAGGGGAAUAGUGGAUGUGGUGGAGGGUGGAUGGAGAAUGCCUUUAAGUACGUGUCUGAUAACAAUGGAAUCGAUUCGGAGGAUGGAUAUCCCUACACUGCGACAGACGACCCCUGUAAUUACAAUCCCAAUUACAAAGCUACCAAUUGCACCAAUUACAUGUUCGUUUCCGAAGGCAACGAGACAGCCUUAGCCAUGGCUGUGGCCACCAUUGGACCUAUAUCUAUUGCUAUAGAUGCCACUCAUCAAUCCUUCCAGUUCUACCAUCACGGUGUUUACUAUGAGCCGGACUGCACCGAUUACACCAUGAGCCAUGCUGUCCUGAUAGUUGGAUAUGGAAGAAAGUCCGGGAAGAAUUACUGGAUUGUUAAAAACAGCUACUCGACUAGUUGGGGUGACAAAGGCUACAUUUUGAUGUCCAAAGACAAGAUGAACAACUGUGGAAUUGCUUCUCACGCCGUCUAUCCGGUGAUAUAAAAUUUUGCUGGACAAAAUCUGGGAAUAAAUUUUGCAAUGUGUCUGAUUGUUAGAAUAUUAUUGCCAUUGGGAAGAUUAUUUCCCAUACAGUGUGAGUUCACUUUGUAAACUAAGCUUGGAUAUUAUAAAAACCAGCAAAGAAUCCUUUGUCCUUUCUGUUCCCGAAAUAAUUUGGGUCAAUUUUGCGCCAUUUCUUAGCGGAUUUCUUAAUUAAGAGAUCGCAAGCAGUCACUCCGACCCAAGGGAAUCAGGUGCUGAAAAUGGAUCCGAGUUGGAGUCAUGGGCUUCCGGAUUUCUUAAAUCCAUUAAGAAAUGCUGCAAAAUUAACCCCAACUAACAGGCACCCUCGACUAAAAGGGAAAGUUUUAAACCAUGUUAUUAAAUUGUUGCCACAUUAAAGGAAAUGGAGCAUCUUUGGACUCCUUCCCGUGGGGCUUGAGAAAGAGAGCCUCAGUGUAAAGGGAACCUCAUCCCAGAGGAAGGAUGUGAAGUGUAUCUCUUCUCGGUAAAUCCACACACAUCUCACUGACUUGCAAUAAUCCAUCAGUUGAGUCCCAUAGAGUAUUGGUUAGCGCGUUUGCCUCGCAAGCGAGAGGACCCAGGUUCGAUUCCCGGGCGAGGCGAAACCUUAGGCAAGUUUCCUUACUCCUCACGCCUGUCUACUUAGCAGAAAGUAGGAAUCUGGCUGUUAGUUGAUUAGCAGAUCGCUUUCCGGGGUAAUAAUCUCACACAAAAAAAAAGAAAUUUGCUCACUCAGUCCACGAGUGCUGUGCGCAAUUGGCUGCUGCGUUUCGCCCACAAAAUAUACAGUCGAACCACUUUACAACAUAUCCCGUGAAGCGCUUUGUGACAUCUCAACGAUGUGAAAAGACACUUUAUCAAAUGUGAGAAUUAUUAUCAGCUCUCAGCUUAGAGUGGAGGCCGAGCAAGUCAGUGGGAGGCUCUUGGAAUUCCCUGGAGGAGGCAAACUUCACUGCCUGAGAUUUUUGUUUCCGCUGCAAGCUGUUAAUGACACUUGUUUUCCUAAUGAGACCUUGUUAAUUCUCCUCUUCUCCCCUCCCCAUGUGCAUCACUGAUGUAUCUUUUACUCAAUACAUACAAAAUGGAUGAUUUUUUAACCCA